AAGAUUUUUUUAUUAUCAACAGUCCCUCACCCCUUGCCCCUUUCUCUCUCUCCCUCUCUCACAGAAACAACCACCACUAAAAAUAAACCUUCCUCCACCUCCACCACCGCCGCCACCGCCACCGCCACCACCACCAAAAAUAAAAAACUAACCUUUUUCUUUUCAGCUGCCUCUCUUUGUUCACUUGCUCUUGUUGAUAGCCCAAAAAAUGAUGUAUAAUUCCCAAACACAUAUAAAACAGUAGCAUAGUGAGAAAGGGUUCAAACUUGAAAUUGAAUUGAAUUUUGAUGGAGUGUGAUGAUAUCUCUAACCUAAAUAGCUAGCUAGCUAGAAGCAGCAGAAGCAGCAGCAAACCCAUCCAUCAUCACAAGAAAUUAAAAAAGCUUAGCUUUUAAAACUUUGUUUGUUAUUUUAAUAUUAUCUUGUUUUAAUUUUCGUUGUUGUUGUUAGGACCCUAGAUGUUAGAGCCAUGGACAUAGCAGCACAAACAACAAUCAACAACAACAACAACAUCAACAAUAGUAGCACUACUCCAACAAAAUCAUCACCACCAACUGAAGAACAUGAAACUGAAACACCAACUAGGAUUAUUCAAAACACUACUACUACUACUACAACCAUACCCAACACACCAACACCAUCAAAGGCUUUAACUUUCUCAAAUGGGGUUCUAAAACGCCACCACCCUCACCAUAUCUCCGCCGCCAACCACCACCACCAACUCGUUGUAUACAAGGAAUGCUUGAAGAACCACGCCGCCGCUCUCGGCGGCCACGCGCUCGACGGCUGUGGGGAAUUCAUGCCCGCACCCACCGCCACCGCCGGCGACCCUACAUCCAUCAAGUGCGCCGCCUGCGGCUGCCACAGGAACUUCCACCGCCGUGAGCCAGAGGACCCGCUUGCGUCUCCGCCGCCGAUCUCCUCCGCUUACUAUCACCACCCGUCCGCAGCACCUCACAUGCUACUUGCCCUCUCCGGCGCUGGCAUCGCGGCGCCGCCGGAGAGCACCGCGGCACCAAUUUCCGCCGCCGCAGCUUUAGCGUCUCCGAGGAAGAGGUUCAGGACGAAGUUCAGCCAGGAGCAGAAGGAGAAGAUGCACAAGUUCGCAGAGCGUGUUGGGUGGAAGAUGCAGAAGAGAGACGAUGAUUUGGUUCAUGAGUUCUGCAGCGAGGUUGGCGUUGAUCGUGGUGUUCUCAAAGUUUGGAUGCAUAACAACAAGAACAAUCUCGCUAAGAAAGAGAGUAAUGGCGCUGCUGUUACCACCAUUAACGGUGGUGUUGGUGUUCUUGGUAGUGGUGGUGGUAGCAGAAGCAUUAUUAUGGAGGAAGAUCCUAAUAACAACAACAAUGGUAAUGGUGUUGGUGUUGGUGUUAAUGGCGGUGCUAAUGGUUCUUCUUCUUCUUCUUAAUCCUACUCUUUCUUCAUUUCAUGGCAGCAGAAAGAUGAUCAUAGGAAGAGAGCGAGAGAAUUAAAUAAUAUAUAAUAUGUUCUUAGAGGUAGAUUAAGGAUAUAUUAAUGGCACGGUACCUUAAUUAAUUGCUAGUUCUAUUUUUGCCCCUUCUCUAUCUUUUGUUAUUAAUUGUUUAGUUAUAUAUUAAUGAUGAAUGAUGCUAUAUGUUAA